AUGGAUUGGCACCUCGAGGUCGGCGGCAAGCACUGGGAGAUCAAGCAGAGGGGCAUGGUUGUCCAGGCUGAGUCCACGGGCGCAGCCAGUUCGACGAGCAGGACGUGGCCGAUCGUGGAGGCUGCGCUUGGCACCCCUGCGCGCGUCUUCAAGGCUGCGUGGGACCCUCUGUUUCGCGAGCACGCGCUGUGGAAGGACCUCGUGCAGCCGUCGGCGAUGACUCAGAAGGCGCGCGCCCUCGCGUUCAAGCUUCUUUCGAGGUCUGAGCGCCAGGUUCGGGAGGCGUUCACGCAUCGACAUAGCUUGCUUCCGACUCGCAUCUUCGCCAUGAUCGUGGACCCAGCCGUUGCGCAGGAGGUGAGUGACCUCCAGGAUUGCCGCAUGGACAGUUGGACGAAGGACUUUGUGCUGCGACACAAGGGCGCGGACGGAGGCUUGUCGAACCCAGCGGCGAUCGCAGAGUUGAACCUGCUUGCCGCCAUGAUCGGCAUGGACAUCAAAGCUAUCGAGCCCCGCCACGCCUCGAUCCGCAGGCGGCUGAUGGCCAGGGGAGUGCAGAUCCACUCGGCAACGUUCGCGGAGUCGUCGGCCGAAUGGGCGGCAGGGCAUGUCGAGCAGUCGGUGAGGGGGGCGCGCCAGCAGGUGGCGGCGAUGACGCAGGGGGGCCCUGGCGGGCCGCCAGAGGGCGAGGAUGCUACCACCACUGUCAGGGGCACGGUGUAUUCUUGGCAUGCUUUCCUGAGGGAGCAAUCCCUUGGUCAGACUGGCCGCCAGUGCAUCGCCGCCUUGAGCGCUGCGCACCGCGCUUUGCCCAGAGCAGAGGUGGCGAGGCUGGCUGCCGUCGCAGCCGCGGCCAAUGGGAAUUCCCGUGCUGCGGGUGCACCUGGCAGCGCCUUCGGCCUUCGGCCCCGCGACCUUGCUCGCGCCCAGGCCAAGAGGCGGCGGGAGGUGUCUGAGCAGCAGCUCGUCGCGGAGGCUGUCGUGCCGACCAGCCGCGGGGGGAUGACUGAUUUGGCAAUGCGGCGAGCAUCGGCAGAUCCCAACGCCACCGUGAACAUGGACUCGAUGAUGCGGGUUGCCCAGUCGCACAUGGUGAGCUUGCGCCGCGUGGCCAAGACCGAGGAGCGAAAGAUGGCCGACGCGAUGGAGGCUUGGGAGUCGACUACGGGCGCUGCCCAGUGGGCAUCCAUGUGCAACAGUUUCAAGGGCGUGGCUGCUUUCCAGGUUAUGCUUUCUCAUAUGCCCUCGCACAUCGGCCAGAUGCUGGAGUUCAAGCACCCUACUACGUCGACAGAUUCGAUCGCUCGCUCGCUGUGGAUGCCAGGGCACGGCAGCAACAUGAAAGCUUGUCUCGCAUCAGACUUGAUGGAGAGGCACAGGGCAAUCAUACACGACGACUGUGCCCCCGUAGACGUGCCCGUCCAGAAGAAGAAAUACACUUGUGCUCAGAUCGGCAUGUGCAUCUGUUGCACUGAGGCCGAUGUCAUCAAGAAGUUCCGCAGGCGCUUCUACUCCGAGCUGAAGGGCCUCUGCACCAAGGGGUCACCCGAGCGGAAGCUCUUGGACGAUUCCAGCUUGGUCGUGCGAUUGCACGGCAUCAAGGCGGCUGUCGUCGAUGGCUGGGGCGUUGUGGCAGCUGGCCUCUCUGGCGACGGCCCCGACGGCGUGGACGCCUACGUGCAGUGGCACAUCGGAUCCCACGAGUUCAGCCCCUACCGCUCCAACUUCAGGCCGCUCGCCUUCGUCGAGCAGGAGGCCGUCGGCGGCCAG